AUGGAAAAACCUGAUCUCGUCUAUUCCACAUACGAUACUCCACGAGUCGCUCAUCCAGAACAAUGGAUGCAAUAUUCUGCUGGAUCGAAUACCCAAGGCCAUGUCGAUACCCUGUGGCAGACUGAUACCUCGAGAGCGUUGUCAUACCCAGAUACACAUCUCUUCCCCUCCGCUCUGCCGGUGGGGAAAAGCAUUUUUCUUGUGACGAUGGACAACACAGCAGCGAAAAGACAGAUAUUUCAACAAUUUAUCGAUAAUUCAGGAAGUAGUGUCAUCCCCAUGUCGUCAUCGGAUUCAUCUCCUGGCUCUUCUCUGGCGUCGAGCCUCAGCAGUCUACCGGAUUCCGACAGAAUAUUAACUCAAAAUCCACAAAUAAUCACCGGCUAUUCUGGAUCACAACCCAACGGAUGCCCUACAGCAGCAGAUCAAAUGGCCGACGAGCUGAUGACCACUAGCAUCUACGGAGAGGAAGGCAUCGCCCAACUUUUCCAGGGGCCCAACCCUUCAGCAGUCGACGAGAUGGCUGAUGCACUAAUGGGCACCAGCAUCUGCGGAAAGGAAGGUCUCGCACAACUCUCACUCCCUUCGAAUAUCUCUUCUAGCUACACUGAACCAUUUCCUUUGCCUCUCGAGUUUGCCAGUCCACAGCCAUUUCCAUUGAAUGGUACAGUUGGAACCACUCCUGAAUUGAUCCAGCUUCAAAAACAUAUCCAAGGGCAGGCGUGGCUUCACACGAAUGAGCCGGAACCACGCGAUGAGGCGGGCAACUCCAUCUUUGGCAACUUCCUUGUCUAUAACGAGGUGGCAUCCGAGUAUAUCUGUCGCUUUGAUAGAUGCCCAAAGGUGCUAGAUCGACGAGACCGUGCAAUUGGUCAUAUUCGAAAGCAUUUCCAGCACAGACCGUUUAUAUGUGGAGGCUCUUGUGGCGUAGAACUUUGCCAAGAGCGGUUUUAUUGUAGAUCAUAUCUCACCUCUCACGUCAAUCGUCCAAAAGCAAAAUGCAGCAGCUGGUAUGUAGUAUUCACUUCUCCAAAGCAGUUAAUGACCUUUUCACGCUUAGCGGGCGCGAGUUCUUCAAACAAGAUUUACGGCGUCACAAGAGCACCUGCUUCAGUUCCCCAUUUCGAGAUGUAA